GACCAAGAUUUGAUUUAUUUGGUUUCAGAAUGAAAGUGAUGAAUGAAAUGAGUAGAAGAUGGGUCACGACCAAGAUUUGAUUUAUUUGGUUUCAGAAUGAAAGUGAUGAAUGAAAUGAGUAGAAGAUGGGUCACGACCAAGAUUUGAUUUAUUUGGUUUCAGAAUGAAAGUGAUGAAUCAACUAUUUGAAGAAUACAACAAAAGUUGGCUUUUUUUCUGUCAUGAAGGAAGAUUGAUGAUUUAUUUAAAGAAUACAACCAAGGUUAUCUUUCAGAUGAAUGAUGUACAAGUUUCUAGAUGGAUGAAGUGUUUGAAGAAUAUAGCAAAGAUGAAUCAAUUGUUUGAAGAAUACAACAAAUGUUGGUUUUUUUUUUCUGUCAUGAAGGAUGGUUUUGCUAAAUCGAUGAUCUGUUUCAAGAAUACAACCAAGGUUUUCUUUCAGAUGAAUGAUGUACAAGUUUCUAGAUGGAUGAAGUGUUUGAAGAAUAUAACAAAGGUAGAAAAUUUUGUUCUUUUGUUUGCCGGAUGAAAGUAAGAAUUUUUGUAUUUCUUUUUUGGUAUGUUGAAUGAAGGUUUUAUUUUAGAUGAAUCAACAAUUUGAAAAAAGACAACA